UGCUUAUUGCUCAAUGCUCAUAAACAUUGACGAGGACGAAGAGCACUAAAAAAAGCAAAGUUCGACUGCAAUCAACAUAAAAGCGUAUAUUUAUAUUACAAGCGUCAUUAUACGAUAGUCGACCAACAGUCAUGAAUAUUAAUUUUGAAGGAAAGCGUAUACUCGUAACUGGUGCUGGACAAGGCAUUGGUAAAGAACUAGUUCUACGUUUGUCCAAGUACAAAGGACAGAUAUUCGCAAUUUCAAAAACGAAAGAGAAUUUGGAUAAUUUAGUGGCAAUCGACCCAAAGAUUCAAUCGAUCUGUGUCGAUCUCCGUGAUUGGAAAGCAACUCGGAAAGCUGUUGAAAAUAUUCUGCCAAUCGAUCUGUUAGUUAACAAUGCCGGUGUCGCAGUUCUUUCACCGUUCUUAGAUGCCACGUCUGACGAAUUUGAUCUGAUUUUUGACGUAAAUGUGAAGGCUAUACUGAACGUGUCCCAGAUUGUAGCUAAGAACAUGAUCGAGCGAAAAACCAGAGGCAGCAUUGUGAAUAUAUCGUCGCAAGCUGGUCAAGUGGCUUUAAAAAAUCACUGUGUUUAUUGCGCAUCUAAAGGCGCUGUAGAUAUGUUGACAAAAACAAUGGCUCUUGAACUCGGUCCGCACAACAUAAGAGUCAACUCUGUCAGUCCUACGGUUGUGCUAACGGAAAUGGGAAAAUUGGGCUGGAGUGAUCCGCAAAAGGCACAAGAGAUGAUCAAUAAAAUUCCACUUGGUCGAUUUGCUGAAGUUGACGAAGUGAUAGAUCCAGUUGUAUACUUUUUGAGCGACCGAAGUUCAAUGAUCACCGGUACUUGCUUGCCCGUUGAUGGCGGUUUCCUAGCUACAUAAAUAAUACAAAUUGUUUUACAACUUUCUUUAUUACAAUUUUGGUGAUAACGUAAUUUGCUUUAUCUAAUAAUGUACUAUUUUUAAAAAGUGUGUUCUUUUGUAAAACUGCGCUUAUAUACAUAUAUAUACGAUAAAAUAUAUAAAUAAAUGAAUAAUUGUACAUACAUAAAAAUAGUGUUUAUAAUUUUUGUGUAUGUAUUACACAUAUAUAGACUUAAGAAACUAUCGCAAAUAGUUUCAAUAACGAAUAUGUGAAAUUAAAGGUUUACUAAAUAAAAUGAUAUAAUCCUGAUGAGAAGAAAAAUGAUGUAAGGCUAUAUAUAAGUAUAAUAUUUUUUAAUAAAA